CCAUGCCCUGCACGCGCCGGGAGCCGUAGGCUGCAGCUGCGCCGCGGCUCCGGGAGCCGGCGGCGGCGCCGCGGCCGUGGGGGGCGUCCAUGGAUCGUCACUCCAGCUACAUCUUCAUCUGGCUGCAGCUCGAACUCUGCGCCAUGGCCGUGCUGCUCACCAAAGGUGAAAUCAGAUGCUACUGCGAUGCCGCCCACUGCGUGGCUACUGGUUACAUGUGUAAAUCGGAGCUGAGCGCCUGCUUCUCCAAACUUCUUGAUCCUCAGAACACAAAUUCCCCUCUCACGCACGGCUGCCUGGACUCUCUCGCAAGCACAGCAGAUGUCUGCCAAGCCAGACAGGUCCACAACCACUCUGGCAGCGCUGCGCCCACGCUGGAGUGCUGCCACGAGGACAUGUGCAAUUACAGGGGGCUGCAGGACGUCCUCGCCCCUCCCAAGGGGGAGGCCUCAGGACAAGGGAACAGGUAUCAGCAUGACGGGAGCAGAAACCUCAUCACCAAGGUGCAGGAGCUGACGUCCUCCAAAGAGCUGUGGUUCCGGGCGGCGGUGAUCGCCGUUCCCAUCGCCGGGGGGCUGAUCCUAGUGUUGCUGAUUAUGUUGGCCCUGAGGAUGCUGCGGAGCGAGAGCAAGAGGCUGCAGGACCAGCGGCAGCAGAUGCUGUCGCGUUUGCACUACAGCCUUCACAGACACCACUCCAAAAAGGGGCAGGUGGCAAAGCUGGACUUGGAGUGCAUGGUGCCCGUGACCGGCCAUGAGAACUGCUGUCUGACCUGCGACAAGACGAGACAGGCUGACCUCAGCCACGACCGGAUCCUGUCGCUCGUGCACUGGGGCAUGUACAGUGGGCACGGGAAGCUGGAGUUCGUAUGACGGGGUCUCACGGAACUGGACCUCUGGGGCCCUUUGAGUUCUGCUGGCCGGGAGCACUUUAUCUGAAGAAAAACAAACUCGCGUCAUGACCUUCGAGAGCUAGAAUGACCUCUGCAAACAGAAUCUUGGAUAUUUCUUCUGAAGGAUUAUUUGCACAGACUUAAAUACAGUCAAAAUGUAUUAUUUGCUUUAAAAGUAUAAAAAGCAAAGAGAAGACUCUGUACACUGUUACCAGGGUUAUUUGCAUCCAGAGGGAGCUGGAAUCGAGUACCUAAAUAAAAGAACGUGUGCUCUGUGUAA